AUGGAGGGUGUUUUUUCCCACGCUCAGAGUUUACAGGCUCUGUCUGCUCUGUUAUCCACUGGGCAGGAGGAAGAUGAAGAGGAAGAGGAGGGCAGAAAUGUGCCAGCCCUCGCAAAGCUGGGUCCUGGAAGCAUCGGUCCCCCACCCACAAAACAUAAAGAAGUGAUCACUGCCUGUGUGAAGAGGAACAGUAAAGAUAUCUGGAGCGAGGAGGAGGUCCCAGACGGCUCCCACUUCGAUGACCUGACCGACCUGCGGCCGCAGCCUGAGUAUGAAAUAAUCCUGAAGCAGAGCGUGGGGACAGAGGAUGUCUUCCUGGGUUUGAGUGGAAAGGAUCCAUCGUCCAUGUGCUGUGAAGCCAUACUGGUGAAAAUCAAACUGCCAGACACUAAAGCAACAGAUGUGGUCCUGGACGUCCAAGAGAACUUCUUUGAUCUGCGGACGCCAAAGCACAAACUGGGUCUCCAUCUCCCAAAUGCCGUCCACAGACUUGAGGGCAAAGCUCAGUUCUUCAGCGAGCGAGAGGAGCUGCAGGUGACGCUGAUGGUGAAACGGCCAGUGGAUUUUAUCAACAUGCAAUAG